AUGGGGAACACGGAGAAGCUGAUGAACCAGAUCAUGGAGUUGAAAUUCACGUCGAAGUCGCUGCAGCGUCAAUCGCGCAAGUGUGAGAAGGAGGAGAAAGCGGAGAAGCUCAAGGUGAAGAAGGCGAUCGAGAAAGGCAACAUGGACGGUGCGCGGAUCUACGCGGAGAACGCAAUUCGGAAGCGCACGGAGCAGAUGAACUACCUCCGCCUGGCCUCGCGCCUCGAUGCCGUGGUGGCGCGUCUGGACACGCAGGCGAAGAUGACGACAAUCAGCAAGUCGAUGGGGAACAUCGUGAAAUCGCUGGAGUCGUCGUUGGCGACGGGGAACCUGCAGAAGAUGUCGGAGACGAUGGACCAGUUUGAGAAGCAGUUCGUGAACAUGGAGGUCCAGGCAGAGUUCAUGGAGAGCGCCAUGGCCGGAUCCACCUCUCUCUCCACUCCCGAAGGAGAGGUCAACAGCCUCAUGCAGCAGGUUGCCGACGACUACGGUCUCGAGGUCUCCGUUGGCCUCCCUCAGCCCGCCGCUCACGCCGUUCCGGCCAAGGAAGCCGACAAGGUUGACGAGGACGAUUUGUCUCGCCGCCUUGCGGAACUCAAGGCUAGAGGUUAA